AUCAUUUAGUGGAUAAAAUGCGCAGUUUGUAGAAAAUGGCGUUUCGUGACUUUUAGCACAUGUCAAUUUUCUCCGGACUUGAAAUUUUUUUGGCAAAAAGGAUUGAGAAAUAAAAUUCCAUAGUAAUACUCGAAAAUGGUAUGUCUACCGGAGGAAGGCCCUGCCAAAAGGGUAACUGUUCGUGAUACUAUUCAACAGUCAACAAAGAAACAGGCUUUCAUAUCUCUAACACCAUCGAAAACGAUAGAGAGCAUCUUCAAGGAAGUAUCUAAAGAGUUCAGUUAUAAUCACGAUGAAAUCGAACUCGUAUUGCAAAAUGGCAAGAAAGAUGUGUAUAUUCUAAACAAUCAUAAAAACAGUACUGUACAAGAAGCAGGCAUAAAAUGGACUCCUCUAGAUCGACUGUCAAUCAUCAUCAACACAUUAAAAAACAAACCAAUGUCACUAUUCGUCCAAGAAGUCGAAGACGAUCUUCUUCUAGGCGCUUCAGCAAGUCCCACAGCCGGAGACGUUACAAGCACAACAUGCGAAUCUACUACAGCGUUGUUGAACGAAUUCGACUUUCCUAUUUUGCGCCCUUAUUUGAAACCCAUCAUCAUAGAAUCUACGAAUUAUGUGGGGUUAGUGAAUCAGGCUAUGACAUGUUAUCUGAAUAGUCUACUACAGACCCUUUAUAUGACUCCCGAAUUUAGAAAUGCCUUGUACAAUUGGGAGUUUGAUGGAGUUAAUGAAGCUAGAUCGAUACCCUACCAAUUACAAAAGUUAUUUUUAAAUUUGCAGACUUCUUCGAAAUCUGCAGUAGAAACAACUGAUCUUACAACAAGCUUUGGUUGGCAGGAUCGUGAUGCGUGGCAUCAGCAUGAUAUCCAAGAAUUGUGCCGGGUUAUGUUUGAUGCCUUAGAACAAAAAUUUAAAGAUACUAAACAAGCAAAUCUGAUCAAUGAUUUAUAUGAAGGCAAAAUGUUAGAUUAUGUCAAAUGUUUGGAAUGUGAUACUGAUAAAUCUCGAGAAGACACAUUUUUGGACAUACCUCUUCCUGUAAGACCUUUCGGAAAUGCGGUAGCAUACAAUAGCGUUGAGGAAGCUUUAAGGGCAUUUGUUCAACCAGAAAUAUUGGAUGGAAAUAAUCAAUAUUUUUGUGAGAAAUGCAAUAAAAAAUGUGAUGCUCACAAAGGGUUGAAAUUCACCAAAUUUCCUUAUUUGCUCACAUUGCAUUUAAAGAGAUUUGAUUUUGAUUACACAACUAUGCAUAGGAUCAAACUCAAUGAUAAGGUUAUGUUUUCGGAAAAAUUAAAUUUAAAUUCACUUAUAACAAAUCCUCAUUCGGAAAGCGAUUCUAUAGAAGAACGGGAGAAUGUUGUGAAAUGCGACGAUUGCAGUACGACAGAUUCGGGGUCCGCAGAUGAUGAAAGUUGUCAAGGAACAGACAUAUCUUCCACUGUAAAUGGCCAAGAUGAUAAUUGUGCAAAUAGCGAUGAAGGUAUAGAUGUAAGUUCAGGAAAUAACCAUGAUGAAGAUGCAAAAGGUCCAUACAUCUACGAAUUAUUCAGUAUUAUGAUUCACUCGGGUAGCGCUUCGGGAGGUCACUACUAUGCUUACAUCAAAGAUUUUGAUAAACAAUUGUGGUUCUGUUUCAAUGAUCAAAGUGUCACAGGGAUUACUGAAGAUGAUAUAAGAAAAACUUAUGGUGGAGGUCCUCAAAGAGGUUAUUAUUCUGGAGCUUAUUCUUCAAGUACAAAUGCUUACAUGUUGAUGUAUAGGCAAAUAGAUAAAGAUCGAAAUGCUCGAGCUAUGGGAUUUGCGGACUUUCCUCCACAUAUUAAAGAAUUGUUGGCCGAGAUAAGACGAAAAGAAGAAGAAGAUAGAAUAAAUAGAGAAAAAGAAAGUGAAAUGAUGCGAAUAGUAGUCUUAUGUAAACAUCCUACGACAAAUAUCCUUAAUGAAAUAAAGAUUCACGUGUUCAAUGAUUCAACAUUAGAAGAAGCCGCCAGGGAUGCUUACCAACGUUUCAACUUGAGUUCUUCUCAGGUAGAUUUGAAAGAUUGCCGUCUAGUGGUUUUUAAUAGAAAACAUGAAUGCAUUGAUAGUAGUUUUGAGUCUGACGAAAUCAAAUUCUGUGAUAUUGUAAAUAAGUUGAAGAAUCGUGUUAACCAAUUUACAGAAUGGAUGUUAGAAAUUAGGGAACCAGAAACUCCUUGGGAAACAUAUCUUCCUGGUGGUAUUAAUAUGAAGGUAUAUCCCAUCAUCCUAGAAACAGAGGAGAUAAAUGAACCAAAAAUUGUACGAGUAGAUGUAAACGAUACUGUUCAUGAUCUGAAACAAAAAAUUGGCCCAUUACUGAAUAUUAACCCGUCUAAAGUCAAAGUGGUAAUAGAAAUGUAUAGCAAUGAACCAAAGUAUUUGGAUAAUGAUGAAGCAUUAGUUAAGUUUGACCCCAAGUGCAUCAGUUACAGACUAUAUGCUUCUAAUGCCUUAGAUGAAGAUCCAGAUAAAAGUUUCCAGUUUUCGAAAUUGAAGAGGUUAAUAUCACAAUUUGGUUAUAUAAUUAGUCUGACAGUUAUUUUACCUGAUACGGAUGUUGCUACUUUGGAAUCGUUGUCCAUUCCAUCGUUAGAUUUGAAUCAAAAUUUGGACAAAUUAGAGUUAGGCAGCGGUGAUAGGUGUACAAAUUCGCCGAAUUUGAGAGUGUCGCCACAGCCGGGUCCAGGAGAUGGUUUUGGCGACCAAAGUAAUAGUGAAGAUAGUAGUUUGAGUGAUAGUGAUCGAACUUUAGUAGGAGAAACUCCCGGUGAACACAUAGGUAUGUUACCAAGCAGUCCGACCUCACCCGCAGAUCAACACAUGUCUCCCAGCGAUCCACGAGAAGACAACUAUAAUUAUGACGCACUUGGUCAUUCUGGUGAAGAAAUGAAUUGGGACGACGUCGAUACGCAGCAAGACGAACAGUAUUCUCAAAAUUAUUACUUUAAAAUAACGAGUGAAACGCACAGUAAUGAGAUACAGAAUUGGGAUAAUACUGUUAUUAGGAAGUGUAAAGUAUUAGCUGACAAAAGAAUGACAUUAGAGAAGUUUAAGAAAAAUCUGGAAGUUAUUCUAAGAGUACCAUCAGAGUAUUUUAAAAUUUACAAACAGUAUGUGAGUUCAGAUGAAGAAUGGAGUUGCUUGUCAGAUACUUUAAGGUCUGCAAAGGAUGGAGAAAGAAUAACGAUAAAACUGGGUCGAGUAUUGAGGAAAGAUGAAAUAAAAUGUCAUGUAUAUCACUUGAAACUUGAUACGAUGGACUUAAACAACUUUUUAUUUGAACAUAUCAUUGCAAAAGGGCAAACAGUUGGAACAGUUAAAAAAGAAAUUCUUUUUCAAGCAAAAAAACAGCAUAUGCUUGAUAUUCCUUAUCACAAAUGUCGAUUACGUGAAAAAAAUUGGAAAAAGCCCAAGAGGGUGUAUCUAGAUGAUCAAAGGUUUGACAAAGAUAUACUCGUUUUACCCAAUAUGGAUGUUUACCUCCAAGAACUUCCUGAUGUGGAACAAGUUACAAGUCGUGACCAGUGUUUAUUCUUUGUUAGACAAUGGUGUCCCUCAACUUUAACUCUUCGACCUUUCCAGGAAGUAGUUGUAGAUAACUUGACUAGGGAUGAACUGAAGAAAAAACUAUCUGAAUUAUCAGAUAUACCUGUAGAACAUUUAGAAAUAACCAAUGUGAAACAAUCCCUUCCGUGUGAUGUACCUGUUUUAGAAAUGGAAACAUUAGUAUGGCAGUUGCAGGUUCCUAAUUUAGAAGAAUGGCCUGUUAAUGCGGAGAAUGGUACAAUUUUCUUCUUCAAGGACUACCGAGAAACCAUGAAGGAACUCACCAGUGAAGAAAGAAAAGAAUUGGCCCAAAAAGAAAAUACCCGUCUUCGCAGAUUAAAUCCAUCGUCAUAUUCUCCCGCCGGAGAGAGAGCCUUAAAGAUAUACUUGGAUACGUCGCCAAGUAAAUCUGAAGAUAACUGCAUAGACUGACAUGCCACUAAUCAAUUUAAUUCAUUAUUAUAUUGCAUCAUUACGUGAAAAAAUCAGAGGGUGAUUGUAUAUAAGCGCGUUUCAGAGUUGUUUUUGUAUUAUUUAUUAUUAUUGAUAUGAACCAAUUUUACAGAACAUUUCAAAGUCUAAAGUCGAAAUAUUGAGUCGAAAAAUAUUUACAGAAAUAGAAAAUAUUUGUUGAAAAUAAUUUCCAUAAUUAGUUGUAUUCUAUUAAAAUUCAUCCUACCAAAGAAAAUUAAUAUACACACAAUAGAAUAAAAAAAAGAUAAUUUGUAUUAUUUCUUCAAGUUCCAUUUGGUUUUAAUACAUAUUUUGCUAACAUAAAUUAUAUUAUUGUUAUAAACUUCUUUAUCAGUACUUGAUGUAUUAAAUAUCUUCAUUUUUACAACUCCUAAACGCGACCUAAUUUAUUGUCCAACGAGAAAUUUUGUUUCAAUAUGAAAUAUACUGAAAAAGGUAAAAUGUAAACUGAAUAUUGUCUUGUACAAAUUAGAAAAAAAAAAACAAUUUUUGACAAAACUCUUUAAAAAUUACAUUACAUAGAGACAUCGAUCAGUCAAUAUGCAAACAGUGUAGGUAUUGGUAUACAGUACGAAAAAAUAUUUCAAAAUUAUUAUACAGGGGAUAUUUCAAGGUCUAAUAGAUCUCUAAAUGAUAAUCGAGGAAAUUUUAUAAAGAAGAAUACAAAGCUAUUAUUCAACGUAAUUGCCGUUCUGAUUCAAACAUUUGGUAGCCAUUUCCUUUUGUCAUAGAAAUAAGUCAUCUAUAUUCUUAACUAAUUUGAGGUAGUUUACCUAGAAAUUGUGAACCAUUGAUAUUCAUGAAUCGCUUGAUCCAAGUUAAACUAGAUCAUCAGUUUACACUUAUUCCUUUGCUACUGCACAAUGAACUUGUUCCGCCAUAAUUUCCACACUUCUUUAUCAUUCAUGAACAUCUCUGCAUACAUUUUACAUAUUCGUCUAUGUUUGUAGAAAUCAAAUGAAUGAUUUAAAUUCACCUGCACAGAGACCUAAUGAAAUUUUCCUGAAAAUUUUUUCUAGCUACUAAGGAUACUUGAAAAACCAAAUUACCCCAAUAUUAUACAAACUCCAUAACAAAAUAUAGUGUACUGGAAAAAACUAUGCAUUUGACAGCAUAUCUGAUCGUUGUCAUCUAUAUGAAUUGAAUAUACAUAAACCAAACGUCAUUAGCGAAAUAAUGUAUUAUAACUAAAAUACCGUUUGUGUUUAAACAAAAGGAAAAUGAAGUUUUUCAAAAUAAAACUAACCUUGUGCUAGAUGUCGGCGCGAGCAUUAAAAAUUGAAUGCUUUUAUGUUAAUAUAUACAAUCAAAAAGUCAAACCAAGAUUUAUACUAGAGUAUCAUUACUUUUAAACUUAUCUUUAUAAAUUCAUUUUUUUCUAAUCUUUUCUUUAUUUAAACACUUCGGUGUUUUAGACGAAUCUUUGUGUUGCUGAUAUUUUAGGCGCACUUCAUUUUUUCGAAUUAUUUUUGUUGACAUUUCAGCGGAUUGCUGAACUUUUUUUGCGAAAUAAAAUGAAAGUUAAUAA